AUGUCAGACAACGGAAGCCAUAGCCAUCACCACCAUCACGCUCACGGUGUCGAUGUUCUCGCCGAAGCUAACAAGAAAUUUUUCAAUGACAUGGACUACAAGGAAGUCAAAAUGCCACAAGAUCCAGAAUUUGACUUGCAAAAUUUCAUUAACAAAGCCGUCGAGGCAGUCCUCAGCCGCUACGCUUUCAACAAGGAAUCGACUACUGUCAUGGAUUUCGCAUGUAAUAUAGGACUUUUUACACGCGGACUCGAGCCAUACACCAAGCUUUUAAUUGGUGUAGACAUUUCCGAAAAGCCGGUAGAAUUGUUCAAUAAAUACGUCAAAGAGAACGGGAUUUCAUCCGACAAGAUGAAAGCUGUAUGCACCGAAUUAAAGGGAGUCGAAGGCGAACUUGAUGGUCUCAAGUUCGACGUCAUCACGUGCUCCGCUUCAUAUCAUCACUUUACAGCUGUUGAAGAAAUAACCAAGACCCUCGCAUUUUUCCUCAAACCUGGAGGAGUGUUGUUUGUUGUAGACAACACACCAAGGCAGGAUGCCAAUUCUGCCGAUCCGUCGAUAUUUCCACAAGAGUUUGGACACGUUGUUGCUCAUACAAACGGGUUCACAGAGAAAGAGAUGAAGGAUUUGAUGGAAGGAGCAGGGCUUGAUUCAUUUGUCUUUGAGCGUAUCAUGGAUUUCCAAAGCCAUGGAAGAGACGCAACACUCUUCAUAUCCCAAGCUAGGAAGCCCUUGAAGGUCUAA